AUGGGCCCUCAACUGUGGAGUCUUCUGCACACAGCCCUUGGCACAGACCUCGAUGUUUCUCUCGGGGUGGGAAGAGGCCGCAAAGAAGCAGAAAACAGUUUAACGUCCCUCCCUGCCUCCACAAGCACUCCUGCUGACUGCCGGAGCUCAGGGUGCCAUCCCACCCCUGUUCCUGGGGCUGCUACUCGUGAUCCACAGUGGGGAAAACACAACCAGGCCCUUCAGGGCCGCCGGCAAGGGCACGACGGCAGCCGCCACGCCACACACGGCGCUUGUGAUUACUUCCCUUUGAGCCGCGGCCGCUUCCCGCUGCGGGAUGCCGCGGGGCGCCCCGUCGGGGAGCUGGUCCUGGGCUACCGCCUCACCAGCCUGGAGGCCGGCGAGGAGCCGCCCCCGCCGAGCUCCGCUAGCCCCCGCGCUGCCACGCCACCAGCCGCCUCCCGUGAGCCGGUGGGCGAGGAGGAGGAGGAGGAGGGUGAGGAGCUGGAAGGCAACACAUUUUGCCCUCCCAUGCUCUAUUACAGCCGGGAACCUGCUCAGCCUUGUCUGCGGCCACCAGCAGCAGCCACAGGGCGAUGGGAACGUGUCGAGGCCUGGAGGCUGCAAGAUAAAGAUGAAGACCAGAGCCCCCCACGUCCCAGGGGUGGGCCCUCGUUGCUGCACCCCGCCAGCCCUCAACAGCUCCACAACACGCUGGGGCAGCUGCCGCUACUCCGUGCCUUGCUGGCAGAGCUGUCGGUGCUCGCCCACAGCGCUACGCCUGCUGCUGUCCACCCCCAUCUUGCCUGGCUCUACCAGGCCCCAGGGAGUGGUGGUGUGGCUUCACGGCCCCCCAGCCCCAGGCGCUCCUCUGCUCUUAGGCCUGCAGAGGCGCCUGUGGGGCCUGGUGGGAGCAGAGGAGCUGCCAGCCCACAAUUCAAGCAAGGCCACCAAGAGGCCGCCUCUUCAGGGUCUUCUCGGGCCAGGAGAGAACCUCAGAAAGCUGCACACCAGGGAGAGAUGGGCUCUGAAAGGAACUGCAAAACUAAGGAAAACAGACCUCCCAGAAAGAAAUUGUUGUAUGGGCUGACGAAUACACUGAGGCUACGGUUGCAGCAGACCAACCCUGAUAAGCUGAUAAUUCAUGAGAGGAGAGAGCAGUACAGAAAAAAGCAAAUGGAGAUGCUGAGGGAAAGAAGCCUUUUAGCCAAAAGAAAGCUGCUCAGAAAUGCUGGAGAACAGCAAGUGGUUUCUCACGGGCAUUGUAGCAAGAGAGACAGCUCAAAGCAGAAUAAUCAGUUUGAUAAAACUGUUGAGGCUUCAUUACAAAACAGUGCUCUCACAGAGUACAUUUCUGUGACAGGAGAUGUGUCCCCUGACCUGCAGAAACAGGCAAGUGUCUUGAAGAACGAUGAAAUCGCGAGCAAAGAACAUCCAUGCAAAGUAACUACAGCCCCCUUACUGGAGGAAACUGUAUUAAAAUCUGCUCACAAGGAAAAGUAUGUGAUAGCCCAACUCCUAGCAGCUUUCCCAACAGAUGAUAAUGCAAAGGGAAGUAAUGAGGAAGCAAUACACUUAAUCCAUCGUAAAACUACGGAGCACGAUGAUGCAUCUGUUGCAAGUGAUCACAAACCAAGUUCCAGCAGGAGUGUUGAAAACAACUCUGAAUUCAUAUACUCAGAUGACUUUGUUGCUAGUCCUGAGAACACAAUUUAUUCAGAAGAUUUCACCAGUGCUGAGUGUACAGGUAGAGACUCAGAAGCUCUUGACAGCAGUCCUGAACCUCUGUGGCUUGAAAACCCAAAGCAAGGUUGGUCAGAUACAGAGCUGGAAUCCAGCAGGUCCAGAAUUUCAAAGACAAGUCAAAGAGCUGAAAGUACUUCAGAUCUUUUGCCAGUUCCUUCAGCUUCAUCUCCAGUGCAGUCUUGGAAGAGAAACCAUGACUUAAAAAACAGCAAGAGAACUAGUGAUGAAUCUGUUGAUUCACUUAACCUUGCUCAAGUGGAGGCAUCGUUACUAGAUGAAGAACAGGAAGCCCAACAGAGCAGUAUGGAAGAGAACAGGAGUGAUCAGCCUAUUAAAGAAGUAUCUACACUGAGAAGCAAGCAAGAUACCUCUGAUACUGAUUUGAAUGUAGGGAAGGGGCAGACCUCUGCAGGAAAAAGCCAGUCAGUAACUCAAGUUAGCUCUUACUUGCCAUCUAACAUGCCUAAUCUUGAAUUUAGUGUCCUGGAAAACAGUACAUCAGACAAAGAGGAUGACUUUCUGGGAAAACUAGGUGUUCCUAAUCAAUACAAAGACAUCAGUGAACUUGUAAUAAGCAAGCUUCCAGGUUACACAAUGUAAUUACGAGUUUUCAGUGUCUGGAUUAAGAUAGCAUAUUUAAACUUUAUAAGGCCUGUUACAUUUAGCUGCAAUAUAUACAAGUUAAUUUAAGACUUUAUCAUGCACAUUUAAUACAUUGGUGAAUUUACUUAAGAGGUUUUUAAAAUAAACUAUUGGAAUCACUAAUGAAUGGCUUGCUCCAUGAGUUCAGCAUUGGUAUCUUGAUACAAAAGUCAUCUAAACAGCACAAGAAACAUAACUUGCUGAUAAAAGCAGAAAUGAAGACAGAAGCAGCAAAUGUGCAGU